AUGACCAGUGGUAAUUUGAUUUCCUUCGUCAUCUAUGAAUUUCUUCUAGGUGACUGCAUGGAGUCCAUUGGAUCGGUAUAUGGAGGCCUGAUGCAAGGUGUUGGUGCUGCAGAGAAAGUGUUUGAAUUCAUAGACCGCAAACCAAAGAUGGUCAAUGAUGGCACCUUGGCCCCUGAGCAUUUAGAAGGCAAAGUGGAGUUCCAAAACAUCACCUUCUCAUACCCUACCCGGUCCAGGGCACAAGUGUUAAAGAACUUGUCUUUCACACUGUAUCCUGGAAAAGUCACCGCACUGGUGGGACCAUCG